CCGGAAUCUGUUACCCCAUUGUCCGAAGGGAUGAAAGUGCUGGAAAUGAUUAUCACGGCACGAAGAUUUGCGAUCCUUACGUUUGGUUAGAAGACCCAGACUCGGAAGAAACGAAAUCCUUUGUAGAACAGUAAAAUGCUAUUACGAUGCCAUAUUUAGCAGCUUGUGAGACGAGAGAAAAUUUCAAGAACAGGCUAACUGAGAUGUGGGAAUAUCCGAAGUAUGGCUGUCCAUCCAAAAAAGGAUCAAUAUACUUUUACUUGCAUAACUCUGGUCUGCAAAAUCAAAGUACAUUAUAGUGUUCUGUAUGUCCAAGACUCUUUGGAAAGUGAAGCACAAGUAUUUCUGGACCCCAAUAAACUGUCUGAAGAUGGUACUAUGGCAUUGGCUAAAAGAUGUUUCUCUGAUGAUGGAGGGUUCUUUGCUUAUUCUUUGUCAAAUAAGGGAUCGGAUUGGGUCACCAUAAAGUUUAUGAAGGAAGAUGGUCAAGAACAGUUGCCAGACACUUUAGAGAAUGCAAAGUUUACAAGCAUGGCUUGGACACAUGAUAACAAGGGAUUAUUUUACAAUGUGAGAACUACCGGUAAUUUCUUCAUAAUUGAAUGGCUUUAAGGAUGUCCAAAAAUGUUUUUCCACAAGCUUUUGGGGGUCAUUUUUUUUCUUAUAAAAGAAAAUUCUACCAAGAGAACUAAACUUUUGCUGGUUAACAUGUUCUUUGAAUUUGUUAAAAACACUACCUUGUGAAAUGGGAGGACUCCUAUUGAUGACCAGAGAGCAGAAAAAGAACAAUAUGAGAUGAAAAACUCACACCUACAUGUAAGCCCCUAUUUUUAAGGGUUCAUAAGGUUUAAUUUAGAAUUCUCCCUCUCUUACCUCCAUUCUUUUGCCUUCCCCUCCCUAAGAAGAGUGAAGAAACAAGGACUCACCUGAAG